AGAAUUUCUUACUACACACCUUCAUAAGAAUUAAUUGUAAGAUCUAAAAUAGUUUCAGUAAAUAAUUUUGCCACUAUUAUUCCAAGUUCAAAAGCAAAUUAUGGAUAAUUCUCAGAAAAUGAGCUACCAAGUUGGUGAAACAAAAGGCCAAGCCCAGGAAAAGGGUAGUCAAUUGAUGGAGCAAGCUGGGAAUGCUGCGCAAUCUGCCAAACAAACAGUGCAAGAGAUGGGGCAGCAAGUGAAGGCCACAGCACAAGGAGCAGCUGAUGCGGUUAAAAAUGCCACUGGCAUGAACAAAUAAACCAGAUUAAUUUCUAGCAUAUUAUUAUAGUUUAUGAAGAUCUUCUUUCUUCUCCUUUAGGCUACGUCCACUAUGUUGCUUAGGUUUGAACUCUUGUUAAGUCUGAAUUAUAUUAUAGAAGUUGUGCUUUAAUAAUGUUGUAAUAAUGCUUCUUAUAAUUAAGUUGUUUGCCUA